UAAUGACGACGCCGGCCCUGCCGCUUCCCUUCGUCUGUAGCAUUUGCCCUUCCGAUCGCGAAGGGAAGAGCAGCUCCCUCGUCUCCUCUCGGAGAAUGAUAGGAGCGAAACCGUAAUUUUCGAUCAAAUUCCGAGGUUUCUCUCCUUUAUUUUUCGUCAUAUUUGUGCAACCAAGCAUUUCCUGGCAUCGGAUUGGCGGUAUCAUUCGGAUUUGUGGGUUGGUGUUCUGUUUCGUCGCGACAAGGGGAGCUGAGUUGAUCUCUCGCAGGCUUUGGGAAAGGGGGGUUGUUAGGGGCGAAGAGGAGGGAGGUAUGCAUAGGGAUCGGGGAGGGAAUGGGUCGAGGGUGGAGACCGGAGCCUCAUAUCGUAGGCGGAUCAAUGGCGCCCUCGACAAACACCUGGAGAGAUCGUCAACGGCGACGUCGGAGGUCUUGAACCGCAGGGAGAGGGAGAGGGAUAGGCUGUCGGUGCCGUCCACCUCUUCCGGAAAGCACCUCGAGCACCAAGACCAGCGUUCUGCUUCUCUUUCCAAAAACAAGUACUCAGAUGUCAUAUUUAUACCUGUAAGCUUUCUGACGAUGCUUUCAUUACUAUUCCUGGAGCCGCAAAAAGAAUCAGAAACAGAUAGUGAAGAGUCAGAUGUCAGUGGUUCUGAUGGGGAAGACACAUCUUGGAUUUCAUGGUUGUGUAAUCUAAAAGGCAAUGAGUUCUUCUGUGAGGUUGAUGAUGAGUACAUACAAGAUGAUUUUAACUUAUGUGGUCUAAGCAGUCAAGUACCCUACUAUGCCUAUGCUCUUGAUCUAAUCUUGGAUGUGGAGCCUUCCCAUGAUGAUUUGUUUACUGAAGAACAAAAUAAGUUAGUUGAAGCAGCAGCUGAGAUGCUUUAUGGUUUAAUUCAUGUCAGAUACAUAUUAACCAGUAAAGGAAUGGCUGCAAUGCUAGAAAAGUUCAAGAACUAUGAUUUUGGAAGAUGCCCUCGAGUUUACUGCUGUGGCCAGCCUUGCCUUCCUGUUGGCCAAUCAGACAUCCCUCGAUCCAGUACUGUGAAAAUAUAUUGUCCAAAAUGUGAAGAUAUAUAUUAUCCUAGGUCGAAGUACCAAGGCAGUAAUGUUGAUGGAGCCUACUUUGGAACAACAUUUCCUCACCUGUUUCUGAUGACUUAUGGACACCUGAAGCUGAAAAAGCCAUCACAACGAUACACUCCAAGGGUAUUUGGAUUUAAGAUUCACAAUCCUUGAUGCCAGAGUUGAUCUGUCACAUGGAAGGGUCAGGCUGCAGCUGAAUACACAACUCUAUAUUGAAAGAGGUUGCUGCCACAAACUGUAUCAGUUCUCAGAAUGUGACUGUACACGGCUUCACCAUCGUAGAAUUUUAGGAAACACCUGUCGGAUGGCUUACCUAUUUAGUAAGCUGUGUAUCUCAGUGUACCUGUAACUACUGAACAAGUUUUAUGGUUGAUCGAUUUGGCCUUGUGCAUUGCAGGUCUUGCCCCUUUUGCAUUGGGGCCCAAGAUGAAUAUUUCAAACUCGACAUCUACCAUCACUACAAUUAAAAGUUUCUUUUUCGAGGCAUAUGUAUGCAUUUCAAUCCUUGUACUUUUCUGAUAAACCUUAUAUUUGUUCCAGGUGCUACAGGCCACUGCUGUAGUUCAUGUAACUGUCAUAAUGAUAUUUAAUUGUUUGGUCCAAUGGAUUAUGCAAUGUUAGAGAGUGUUUAAAGCCCAUUUGCAUUAUGCAACGGUGGCCACAUAUUUGACCCA